AGCAGACGAUCAUCAUCAUGCAUGAAACUUGUUCUGCCAGAUUUUCCUAGCCGGGGGCAAUUAAGUUGUGCGUUAAAAAUAGCAGAGGUGUUUUGUUUUUUUCAUAAUGAGGUCGAUGAAUAAAUUAACAACUAACGUUCAUCAGGUUUGGGGAGGUGUGGCGGCCGAGCUCAGUACAGUUAAGCUAAAAGGUUUGUCAUUUCGUUGGCCUCAAGAGCAGAAGCACGGGGGAAAUUUACUGGACUGGGGGAAGAGUGUGACAAGAAAACUCGAUUUCGAGGUGCUUAGCUGGACUAGCACAGAUUGGAGGACCCUGGGUCCAAACAGCCACGCCGGGUAAUGCGGCCACCUAACUUACAUGUGCUCCUUCAGGGGAGCCUACUCCUGCUGCUGGUCACUGGAGUACUCUCACAAAAUCCUUGUGAUCAAAUAAGGGUCCCAGGUGACUCAUUAGGAAUAUAUACAGUAACUUUCGAGGAAGCAGAUCCGCUAAGACCAUUCCAGCCUGUACGGCAACAGUUAAUGAUAGCGGGAACAUUAGGGGGGACAAUCUCGCUAUCACUACAGGCUCCUCGUGGUAAUGACUCCAACAUUGUCACAUUACAGCCUGUAGAGGAUUACUUCCAGAUACAGAAUUACAACAAUGGUAUCUAUAUACAGAUGCUCCAGGGCAUAGACAGAGAUGGUACUACACCAUCCAUAGCUGAUGACAUAGAUGAAAUAUUUUACACUCUGUUGUGUGAAACAUUUGAUACUCCAGCAAGGCAGAUUUAUGCCCGAUUGAAAAUAACAAUCACUGACAUUAACGACAACUACCCCCAAUUCAUUGGUUCUCCAUACAGAGUUGUUGUAAAUGAGCUCACCCCAAUUCACACAACAGUCUUCAGACAACUCAGUGCCACAGAUCUGGACUCAGGGCCUGCCAAAAAUGUGGACUUUUAUUUCAUCAAGGGGGAUGGAUCACUUAAUGAUGGCACCACACUUUUCGCUAUCAAUGCCCCACGAUUGGGCUACAUUACAUUGGAGGAACCAUUGGAUUUUGAGGAAAUGUUUUACCGACUUCAGAGAAAUACAUUUAACCUGUCCAUUGAAGCCCGGGAUAAUGGAAACCCACUGAAAAAGUCGGUUUCAUGGAUUGAGAUCACCGUGCAGGAUAAUGAUGAUUUAGGUCCUGUAUUCGACUACCCUGGCUGUCUCAACAUUACACAGUAUGUCCCGGUCUGCAUCAACCCUCAGUACACAGCCACUGUCAAGUCCAAUGAUGUCAAUAGACAGCCUAUGACAAUCUACCCUUUCAUGGAUGCUCCUGCCUCACCUGUGGGAUAUAUUAGCUAGAGAUCAGGACAGCAUAAACAACCGUAUUACGUAUGAAAUCGUCAGCA